AUGAAUUCCCGUGACCAGAGCCCCUCCAAGACUGACAAGCAAAUAAGGCGCAACGCACAAUAUGGCUUGCAAGUUUUGCCAAUCUUCAGCGUGGAGUGUAUAAGAGCUGACGACCAAUCGAACAGCAUCAUUGAUCCCCUCUCGGCAAUGGACGAUGCAACACUUCUUCAACACGUGAAAGACUUUCGCAGAAAAAAGGGACUGGAGGAUGUUGUCAGUGUUGAGACUCUGCAACAAGGAGCGCGACUGGCUACAAGACAACAACGUGGCCUAGACAACUUAACGAAAACAGAGACAAAAGAGUUGAAAUCGGAGGAAGAUGGUGAACUACGAUCUCUUACUAAAACUAUGAGAGUUUUGCUGUUCACGUGCGCUAUAGGAGCCAUCGUACAAGGUUGGAGUCAGGAGAGUAUCGUUGGAGCAAAUCUCGAAUGGCCUUCGCAUCUGGGUAUCCAGACUAAGAACGAGCCCUUGGAAGGCCAACACUUACGUUACUUCGGAAUCGUGAACGCCAUGCCGUAUUUUGCAGCAAGUGUGCUUGGAGCAUGGGUCUCCGAUCCAAUCACUUAUGUCUAUGGAAGGCGCACUGCACUAUUCUUUGCGGCGCUCUGUUCGUUCUCCGCUCCUAUUGGAUCUGCCUACUGUAGAACAUGGUAUCAGCUACUCGCGUGUCGCCUCAUACAAGGUGUUGGUAUGGGCGCCAAGGCUUCAGUCGUACCGGUCAUCGAAAGCGAAGUUGCACCUCCAAAGUUACGAGGCAGGCUCUUAGUCUCGUGGCAGACAUUCGUAGCAUUUGGCAUCUUUCUGGGUGCUUCGGCCAACUGCAUCUUCAAUGGACAUUGGCGAUGGCAGAUUGGCAUUGCAUUCAUCCCAGCUGUUCCGCUGCUAUGUCUCUGUUAUGUGAUGCCUGAAUCACCGCGCUGGCUGGCGCGGAAGGGGCAGUAUCGAGAGGCUUUCUUAGCAUUCGUGGAGCUUAGAGCGACCCCUUUGCAAGCAGCUCGGGAUUUGUUCUUGGUAUACGUCCAAUCGCGUGUUGAACAUUUGCAGUUGUCGAAGAAGGAUCUCACGACCACCACUCUUUCAAGAAGCCUCGAUGAAGAUGAGGAGGUCUUCACAGAGUCUACCUCGAACGUUUUGGAGCUUGGUUCUAGAUUGUUCGAAUUCUUUGCGAACAUCCUCGGAUUGUUUAAAGAUGGCCGAAACCGACACGCAGUUGUUGCGUCUGGCAUAGUAAUGAUUGCACAGAAUCAACGUAUUUGCUUUUCUGGCGACAACCGUACUGAACAACUCAAGCAUAGUAUCAAACCCGACGAGAACUCUGUGGAUGGCGUUUGGGUUGUACCGUUCAUGUAUUCUUCGGAGAUUUUUCCACAAAAGUAUCGUGAGGUUGGAAUGUCUCUGGCGGUCGCUAUCAAUCUCAGCUUUGCAGGUGCGCUGGCCAUGGCAGUACCACAAUAUCAGGAAAAUCUCAACGAUGAGGGUCGACAUCUGGUGCUGCUUGGAUCGUUUGCUGCACUCGACUUUGUUGCCGCAAUCUUGGUAUGGCUCUUGAUGCGAUAUCCAGAGAGAGCUGUAGAGCUCGAGGACAUGAACGUUGUGUUUGAUCCAUCUACGAUCGAUUAUGUGCAUUAUCAACUAUCGACUACAUGGGGUAUGAUUUCGAGGUUUGAACGAGGGUGCAGCUUCGAGAUCUGGCAGCGAGAUCGCUUGGACUCCAUACAAGAGCGCGAACAACAUCAACGGGAGUCUCUUCAACAGGUCAGUCAUGAGUUGUCAGACUUUCCAGUAUGA